AUGACCAUGACCCAGGAGACUGAGGCCGUUGAGUCGCAGACCGAUGUCCUCAUCAUCGGCGCGGGGCCUUCCGGCUUGAUGGCCGCCUACUGGAUGGCUGUCUGCGGUGUACGAGCCCGGAUUAUCGACAAGAAGGGAACAAAGGUCUUUACGGGCCAGGCUGAUGGACUGCGCCCGAGAACCCUGGAGCUGUUUGAUAGCAUGGGCUUCCAGCAUCGUGUCAUUCACGAGGGACAUGUAGCUGUCGAAGCAAAUUUUUGGGUUCCUGAUGAAAAUGGCAAACUGACUCGACAAGGGCCCCAUUGUAGCCCCAAAAUUAACGAGUCAAACCAUUACAACAUGCUUCUAAAUCAAGGGCGCAUCGAGCGGUUUGUGAUUGAUACGAUCCACAAAUAUUCAGAUCUCGAGGUAGAAAGAGGUGUCAUCGCCGAGUCUUUUGAAUACGACGAAACCCUUGAGGAUAAUCCGGAUGCGUAUCCGAUCACGGUUAAGCUGCGAACUCUCAGUGACGAAGAGGCGAAUCCUGCCCAUCUCACCACAAAUGGAUCUGGUCCUCCCACGGCCUUCACCAAUGGAAUGGGCCGGGGAAGUCUGCUUCCAGAUGACUGGGAGGAGUUAAUACAGAAGAGCCGAGCCCGACAAGCCAAGACAGAGAUUGUAAAGGCAAAAUAUAUCAUCGGCUGCGAUGGGGCUCACAGUUGGACGAGGAAGCAGGUGAAUAUCCCUUUGGAGGGGUCAAUGACAGAACAUAUAUGGGGCGUAAUUGAUGUCGUUCCACUCACAAACUUCCCGGACAUCCGUCGUCUGGGAACGAUCACUCACUCGUCAGGAACGAUCCUCGUCAUCCCCCGCGAAAGAAGAAUGGUCCGCCUCUAUGUCCCCGUUCAAAUCGUAGACGCCUCGACAAACGGCCGCUUCGACCGCUCAACGAUCACCCUAGAGAUGAUAAAAGCCCGCGUCCAAGCCAUCAUGAGCCCUUUCACCUUCGACUUCCAGGUUUGUGAUUGGUGGACGGCAUAUCAAGUCGGACAGCGCGUUGCGCCGACUUUCAACAAGGGUACUCGGAUUUUCCUGGCUGGUGACGCGGUCCACACGCAUUCGCCCAAGGUAGGACUGGGGAUGAACAUGAGUAUGCAGGAUGGAUUCAAUAUCGGGUGGAAAGUCGCGAUGGUGGCAGUUGGCGCUGCCAAUCCUGCAAUUCUGAACACGUACACGGCUGAGCGACACCCGCUCGCGGAAAUGCUGCUGGAGUUCGAUCGGCUCUGGUCAGGCGAAUUCACGGAGACGAGUACGAAUGGGACCACGAAGGCGGACAAGGCGGAUCGAAUGGUCGAUGUGGUGGAGAGUUUCAUGGAUUUUGCGGACGGGUUGAAGGCGUAUUACCCGAACAGCUCGCUCGUCUGGAAGGUUUCGGAGGAAGAAGGACCGGCGGCAGCACGCAAUCUGAUCCCCGGCGAGCGAAUCCCUCCGAUGAAGUUGCGUAACCAGGCAGAAGGAAAUUCGAAAUGGACGACACGACUGUUUGAAAGUGAUGGGCCCUUCCGAAUUAUUAUCCUCGCGGGCGAUGUGCGGGUUGAGGCGCAGCAGGAGCGGGUUGCGGCUCUUGCGAGGAUUCUAGAAGGCGAGGAUAAGACCAAAGUCUCUCCUUUAUGUCGCUACAUGUCUAUCCCUGGGCGUGAGAGUCUGAUCGAGAUUGUGACUAUCCACAGUGCUCCCUGGGAGGAGGUGGAAUUCUUUGAUUUUCCCGAGAUUCUACGUCCAUUCGACCCUGUCAUGGGCUGGGGAUAUGAGAAUAUCUGGUGUGAUGCGUCUGCGACCUGGGAUCCUUACUGCCAGGGCAAGGGUUAUGAGAAAUGGGGUGUGGAUAGAUUACGUGGCGCAAUGUUGGUUCUUCGACCAGAUCAGUAUAUCGGGUGGUCUGGAGAAUUGGAAGAGGUGGACGAUAUGACUGCCUACUUGGACGGUGUACUGAUCAAGGUGCCAACACCUGAGUUAUAA